AAUUAUGGACCAUACAAACCAAUAUUUAUUGAACUUUAAAGGCUACUAUUUUCAACGAUUUCUAGCUGAGACUGACAUUCUAGAAAAUCUAGCUGAUUUUGAAAUUCGUGAUGAUGAUGUCUUCAUAAUUACAUACCCCAAAUCUGGUACCAUCUGGGCUCAGCAGAUAUUAAGCUCGAUUUAUUUUGAAGGACAUCGUAACAGAACUGAAAUGGUGGAAAUAUAUCAUAGAGUCCUUUUCCUUGAAUACAAUCCAGAAAAAGUGGACUAUGUCAAGAGACCAUCUCCUCGCCUCUUCUCUUCCCACCUCCCCUAUUAUUUAGUACCAAAAGGUCUCAAGAACAAAAAGGCUAAAGUCAUUUACAUCUAUAGAAACCCCAAGGAUGUUUUGAUCUCAUAUUUUCAUUUUUCAAAUUGGUUGCUUACAUUAGAACCUUCAGAUGACAUCGAACAUUUCAUGGAAAAGUUUCUAGAUGGGAAAGUGUUUGGAAGUCUCUGGUUUGACCACAUCCGAGGCUGGUAUGAGCACAGACAUGACUUCAAUAUUCUGUUCAUGAUGUAUGAGGAGAUGAAGAAGGAUCUCCGACGUUCUGUGCUGAAAAUCAGUAGUUUUCUUGAAAAAGAGUUGAGCGAAGAGGAUCUGGAUGCUGUUGUCAACCAGGCUACAUUUGAAAACAUGAAGCGUGAUCCUCAAGCAGAUCUCGAUCAUUUGCUAAACUCUGCAAACUGGACAAGAACAAAGGAUGGACAUUUUCUGCGCAAAGGUACCAUUGGAGACUGGAAGAAUCACCUGACUGUGGCACAAAAUGAAAGAUUUGACAGAAUAUUCCAAAAGAAGAUGAAAGACUUUCCCUUGAAGUUCAUCUGGGAUAUAGAUGAGGAGUAGAAUCAAGUGCCAAAGAGUCAUAUAAAAAAUUGU